AUGGCUAUUGAUAAAAGUUGGAUUACAUUGGAAAACCGCAACUCUAAUGAAUUCUGGGAUGGUCUUAAUAACUUCAUUGAGAUUGCAAAGGAACAUGCCGACAGUAAUGGGUUAGUGAGAUGUCCGUGUACAGACUGUUUGAAUAUGUCGUUUCACACGUUGGAUAGAAUACACGCUCAUAUAUAUAGGAAAGGGUUUCAACAGUCAUAUCAACGAUGGAUUUUUCAUGGUGAAGUAAACACUAUGGUGUUAGAUGAAGUAGGCCCAACGACGAAUGAGAUGGCUGAUGCCCUCAUUGACCUUGUAGGGGAGCAAAAUACAAAUGAAGUUGCUACAGAUGAAGGAAAUUCUGAUGCACAGAGAGCUGGUGUAGACCAAGAAUUUGUAGAACUGUUUGAGGAGGUUGAAACAGAGUUGUACCCUGGUUGUACCUGGUUGUCUUCCUUGAACUUCUUAGCAAAACUAUUACAUAUGAAGGCCAUGAAUAAAUGGACCGAUGGUUCUUUUAACCAACUUUUAGAGUUUCUGAAGUUUGCAUUCCCAAAAGAUAAUAAAAUUCCAAGUUCAUACUAUGAUGCUAAGAAGAAAAUGAGAAAGAUAGGGUUAGGAUACGAAGCGAUCCAUGUUUGUCGGCAUGAUUGUUGUUUAUUCUGGAAGGAGUAUGCAUCAAUGGAUAAAUGUCCAAUUUGUGGUGAUAGUAGAUGGAAUGAUGAUAAGACAACAGGAAAGAAAGUUCCUCAUAAAGUUUUACGUUACUUUCCUUUGACGUCUAGGCUUAGACGUAUGUACUGUUCUAGACACACUGCAAAAGAGAUGACUUGGCAUAGUACCGGGCAGUCGGAAACCGGUAAGAUGUGUCACCCAGUUGAUGGACUCGCUUGGAAAGAGUUUGAUGCAAAAUAUCCCGAGUUUUCUAAAGAACCUAGAAAUGUUCGAUUGGCUCUAGCUGCUGAUGGUUUUAAUCCGUUCGGUAACUUGACUCAUCCUCACAGCACGUGGCCAGUUAUUCUAACAACAUACAAUAAACCUCCAUGGUUAUGUAUGAAGGAGACUUCUUUCAUGUUGACAUUGUUAAUACCGGGUCCUAAAUCACCUGGGAAGGACAUGGAUGUAUUUUUGCGUCCUUUAGUGGAUGAAUUAAAAAUGUUGUGGGAUGAAGGAGUCCAAGUGAGAGACGCUGCAACAAACACUGUUUUCACAAUGCGUGCUGCACUUUUAUGGACUAUAAAUGACUUUCCUGCCCGUAGUAGUCUAUCUGGUUGGAGUGGUCAAGGAUAUAAAGCAUGUCCUACUUGUAAUGAAGACACUUCUUCAUGUAGAGUUAAGGGGAAAAUAGUUUAUGUAGGUCAUAGAAGAUUCUUACCUACUAAGCAUCAUUGGAGGUCAAGUCCUUUAUUCAAUGGCAAGUCCGAGAGAAGAGAUCCUCCUAGACGAUUCAAUCCUGCCAUUGUAUUACGACAGCUAGCUUCUAUACAAAUUCGUAAGCCAGGAAAACAUCCACGUUUACGCAAUGUGAAAAUAAGCCGUAAACAAAAAAAGUUUAACUGGUCCAAAAAGAGUAUUUUUUUUUAG